ACUCCCGCCGGCCGGCCCGACCCGCCGCCGCCGCCGCCAUGCCCAUGAAGGGCCGCUUCCCGAUCCGCCGCACCCUGCAGUACCUGAGCCAGGGCGACGUGGUGCUCAAGGAGUCGGUGAAGGUCCUGACGGUGAACUACAACACGCGCGGGCCGCUGGGCGAGGGCGCCAGGAAAUUUGUGUUUUUUAACAUACCUCAGAUCCAAUACAAAAACCCUUGGGUGCAGAUCAUGUUGUUUAAGAACAUGACACCAUCACCUUUCCUGCGGUUCUAUUUAGAUACCGGGGAGCAGGUGCUUGUGGACGUGGAGACCAAGAGCAAUAAGGAGAUCAUGGAGCACAUCAAGAAAAUCCUGGGGAAGAAUGAGGAGACCCUCAACAGAGAGGAGCUGGAGAAAAAGCGACUUUCCCACCCAGGCAACUUUGGCCCCCGAAAGUACUGCCUGCGGGAGUGCAUGUGCGAGGUGGAAGGGCAGGUGCCCUGCCCGGGCCUGCAGCCCUUACCCAAGGAGAUGACAGGGAAGUACCGAGCCGCGCUGAAAGCCAGCGCCCAGGACUAGGCCUGGGGCCCGGGGGUGGUCCCACCCAGCUCUCAGGCUCGCCCCUGGUUCUGUCCCCCAGACUGCGGGGUCUUAGCAAUAAAAAGGUCCGGUUUACACACCUGUGUAAAAGGACGAGGGCGGGGGGGUGCUUGAGAAAGGGCUGUCUGCAGUUGAGCUGCUAACUGAAUGUUCUCGCUCCAUAAUGUCAAUAAAAUGCUCUUUAAUCACUUGGUCAUGUGGUGUGCGUCCAGUCUGACAGGCGCAAGGAGGCAGCCUGUGUGGGACAAGGUUUGGAGUGGGGAAGGUGAAGGCCACACCUGGUGGUCUCCCCGUCUUGGACUGGUCCUGUGGCCCUUUCCUGGGCUCCAUUGGCUUUGCAUCUUCUUCUAGACCUCACUCUGGAGAGAAGUUAAGAGCCGUCGUGGCGUGGUUGGGUCCGCUGAGCCGUCUGGCUGGCAGUGAGGACGUCUCCUCUGAGGAGGCUCUUCGGAUAUUUCUGAAGCCCCAAGCCUCAAGACAGCCUCACGGAAGUAUUGCUGCCCUCCGCUGUCCACAGUGCCCCCGCCCGUGGCUCACCAGGACUGCCCUGAAUCCAAGUAGUUGCCCCUUGAGAGAGAGAAGCCCAGUGAGUGAUGGGACGGCACCCCCCGAUGUACAGGCAAGUGACGAGUCACAGCUGUGAGCACCACUAGGAGACCUUCUCUUGGUCUCCUCCUCAGGCUAGAGGUGAUAAAUGACGGGUUGGAACGGAGAGAAAUCACUGUGGAUUUUUAUGAUCGCUCUGUUGUUGAUACACACGCGUGAUGCUCACCAGGCAGUCGCAACCUCGUUCUGAGGUCACGGAGGGCCAUGGGGUAGCGCCUCUUAGGUCUGGUGGUCAGCGGGAUGGAUCUGCCAAGAGCCUGACUGGACCUUGGGACACUCCCCUGUAGAAUGAGCCGUCAGGUGCCAUGACGGCGAGUUCUUCCCAACCUCUGAAACCUUUUACCUCGGGUAGCAGACAUCCUCCCGGGACUGCUGGUCUGGGCUGAGCUCAGCAUGUGAGACGGCAGCCGGAAGCCCCAGCUGUGUUCUCCGGAAACGCUUGCGUGGCUUCAGGACGUGCCCACCGAGGAGCGGCCCUGCCAGGUGGACGUGGUCCUGCCGGAGUUUUCCACUAAAGCAGUCUGACAGACGAGAAGGAAGGAAGCGUGGGAAUUCCAGCAGCUGGCGGCCUGCUUCCCCAUUUUCUAAAACGCUCCCGGAGCGGCUCUCUGCUGCAUACUGCCUCGCAGUUGGGGGCCUGCCACUGUCAUCAGAACACUCGCCGACAGAGAUGCCGAGUCUGGAGAUGGUGUGAACAACCCUGACAUUUAAGGUCCACAGAGAAACUUUCCAUUCAGCUUCACCAGGCCCUGUGCACCCCGACCCCCCGUUGGGUCUGACUGAACUGCUGGCUGACACAGCCCUUCUCAAGGGGACGCUGGGAAUGGAAACCAGGAAAGGAACCGGCACACUAUCUGAACAUGCAACCCCCCAGAUCCUGUUCCUGGGAGUCCUGUCAAAGAGUUCAAAAUGCCCACCCUGCACUUUUUGGUCAGAAGGCUCAUCUCCCAUAAAUGGUGGAGGUGAUUUGGGAUAUUCUCAGUUGCUGCAGGAAUUGACAGUUAAUGCCUGACUGGCUGCAAUCCAGUUCUGCGAACCAGUGACCGGAAGAGAGCCCCAGGUUUGGAGGUGCCUAUCGAUGCCUGUUACAGACCAGAACCAGAAGUCAGGGAGCCCAACAAACAGCAGCGCUCAGGCUGUGACUUCUGUCUGUGCCCCGCUGACUGUGCUACCACACCCCCACUUACUGCAUGACACACACAGAUAAGCCACAUUUUCGUUCACAGGAAUCCAGCCCAACACCACCAAUAUGUGCAUCAAAUGAGGAAUGAUCCCUUCUUCAACACAAAUGAUUGUCUCCUGUACCCUACUGCGUUUUCAUGGAAAUCAUCAGCAUUUCAGCAAGACAUGUAUAGUUUCCAUUUGCCCUGCCCACAGGCAAGAUGUUGCUAACAUCAUCCGUUGAUAAGAAGUGCUCAGAAAGUGCCUAUAUUAUUACCCUGGUAAUUAGUAGCUAUUAAUUCCAAGGACAUUUUUAAUAUAUAUACACACAUACUGUUCUCUUAGGUUCUUUUUAGUUUUCUUUAAUACUAGUCUCUGACAUUAUAAAACUUUGUUUUUGUUUUUUGCCCUUUGAGAAUUUCUAAAUACAAAUUGAAUUAAAAGAUUGUUCCAAAAUCGGCUUCAUCAAAAGGCAUUAAAACAUUUCUUAUGGCAGGAAAGGAUCCUACUAGUCUUUUAGUUGCAAUUGUCUGGGAUUCACAAGAAACAAGGUAGGCGAUGGCUAACAGAUUGGGAAUAUUUGCACAUACCAAACACCACUAGUCAGUCUCUGUGUCUGAGCGGUCCCGGCGUCCUCGGCUCCCCGCGGGCGGGCGGCGUGCGCUAUAGGCUGGCUCCGGUGAUCUGACCGUUGUACUCCGCCGUCUCCAUCUUGAGGAUGUAGGGGAUUAUGCUGUCUAUCGAAACAUUGCCAAUGAGACCGGUGAAAAAGAGUUCCUCGGUUAUGUUGGAGCUCAUCAGCCUGAGGGCCGGCAGGCGGACGAGAAUCCGGGCCAAUCUGGAAGAGGGAGGGGCGUUAGAGAAAAGGGGGGUCCCCGCCCUCCGGAAUGGGCCCUGCGCCGGGCGGGGGCCCCCCGCUGCACUGCCCGGAAGCGAACAAACAUCUCCCUUCUGCCCUGUUUUCCUCCUCUCACGGGAGUUUAUCCUGAGAACAACGAGCGCGUCCCACGCGGUACUAACAGGCAGCUUCCCGUCACUGUUCACCGCAGCUCCCGCUCUGGCGGCUGCCCCGCCGUGACAAAUACUACAAACUACAGUAGCCAAAGAGAGGCAGCCUUGAAACCAGUUUCUGCGGGAGCAGCUCACUCGGUACAGCCCACUCACUCCUUCAGAGGGGUCGAUGUAGCUGCGGGAAGGGAAACCUGCGCGCGCUGCCACGCCUCUUCGGCGGGGGCUGGCCAGGCGGGCGCAGCGAACAGCUUCUCUGGACGAGGGCGGUCUGGCGAGGACUCUGGCCUCGUGCACCGUGUCGGGAGCACUGACGCCCACCCCUCCAAAUGAGGGGAGCGGCCUGAAGUCUAUCCAGUCGCCCAGCGACACGAAAGGCCUGCCGUCCCCGCCCUCUCUGUUGGCAGAGCGUGAGCCUGACAUGGCUUGCAUUUGUAACCGUGGAUCCGGCCACAUUGUUUCCUGCCCCGAAGAGCAGGUGCCCGAGAGUCUCACCGGUAGGUGUCUUCCGAGUAGGUUUUCUGAACAUAGUCCUGCAACUCCAUCUGUGCCUUUUCUUGGAAUUUUUCAAUUUGGCUUGUGCUGGUCAAACCUGGAUGAUCUGAAAAGACAAAGCCCCCAGAUUGCCCUCUGCAUUCCAAAGCCUCAGUUACAGGCUUCUUAGCACUUACUUUUUAGUCAAAUGUCUGACAUCGCUCAAGUACAACAGACUGAACUCUGACGCUGAUCUAGUUGGGGCAUUAUUGCUAGGACACUGGUUCUUCCUUUGCGCUCUGGCCAAGGUCUGAAGGUUCCCAAGAGGGGGCUGGGCUCCUGCGUGGUCACACCAGCCUCAGCAGCCCGGCUGGGGCUGAUCUGGACAUUUGGUUUCCUGUUACUCUACAGAACACAUAGAUUUUAAAACUGAAAUUAGAAAUUACUUUCUACAUAGAUAAUCCCAUAAUUUACCCCAUUUUGAGUAGCUAUUUUCAUGUUUAUGGGUAGAAAGCUGGGGAGGGAGCGGUUAAGCUGUGUCCAACCUCAGCUGUCAAGGACAGUGGUCAACCUAGUUGUUUCAUUCCACGCAGAGUCCUGCCGCUUCUGCCCUACAGACACCGCGGGGGGACGUGUGCUUCUCGGGCUGCACAUGCUGCCUGCUGACCUCACGCGCAAGUUCACAAAGGGCAGAGCAAACAAAGAGGACCCUGUAUAAUCUUGAGAUUGCAUAUGCCAGUCUUGUUUGGCCAAAGAUCCAAUUAGCAUACACACUAAGUCCAUUCAGUACAUUAAGGUGCUAGGCAUUACGGCAUUUCACACGGAGACUGUACAGGCAAGAAUUUAAAAGAACAUGUGUACGUGUGUAUUUUCUGUGGGCCUGCUAAGCACUCCCAUGAAGAGAACACUUAGUCGCACACAAUCUGGGUAGGUGCUCUCUACCACUGACAGCUUGACAUGUUCAUUUCAGAAGUAUCAGUAGGCACAGGUGGAAAACUGUCAUGAGUCACCACCGCAUAUCUUACCGGGGCUAAAGAGAACUAUAGCUUUAAGGUAUGCAUACUCAUAGCCGUCUAUAUCCAGCUUCGCCAUACUGUUACAGAACUCCUGAAGCUUCCAGAUGUGCUCCAUGACUUGCUUUAUCCGGUCACCGGAGAGUUUAUCUAGAAAUCAACAUCACAGAUACUCAGCAAGGGUGACAAGAACAGGAAAAUGAGCUGCUCUGAAGGGCCAUAGGUGGAAAGAAGCGAGAAUAAUUUCACUUUUUAAUGAAGAAACCAGUUAUCUCGAGAUGGUCAAGAGCUUCAUUUUCCAGUUGAAGGAAAGUGACAGUAGGUAUCAAAUUCCGUUGUACUUUCUCCCUCAGUAGCAAACCUCUAGACCAGGGAUUCUUCCUGGCCCCACUGGGCAACACCUUGGCCUGCAGGUGCAAAUUAGUAGUCCUUUUUUCCUUCUGUUCUUAAUGUGAACUGACAGAUGAGUCUUAAUGGUUGGGUUUUCUAAGUCUCUACAGAUAUUUAAAUAAAUAUUUGCUGACCUGAACAUUAAAAUGCUGGCAUCUUUUAGUUGUCAGAACAUUUUUCAUUUAUGUUACUGUGUUUAAUCAUCAUGACAAUAUUUUACUGACGCUAUUACACUUGCUUAAAAAUAAAGUUAAGGACCUCCCUGGUGGCGCAAGGGUUUAAGCACAGCCCUAUGAAGCUAUCUGCAGCCUCUGCAGCACAAGUUUGAUCCCCGGCCAGCCAGGGAGCAACCCCCAUGGUGCAGCAGACCUCUCGUGUCUCGCCCGCUGCUCCCCUCAGCAGUGUACUUCGGUCAAUCUGCCUGUUCUGUUCCCCACUCUGUCUCUGGUGAGUUCUCUCACCCCCCGCAUCUCUGCCCUGUACCCCAGCUCUUGUAUGCGUAAAUAAACAAACCUUAAAAAAAAAGUUAAAAUUUGUGCAAACAUAAAUUCCAUAAAAAUAGAGGAUUUUAAAAAAGUCAACUUUUGGGCCUCCCCGGUGACACAGCAGUUGAGCGCUGGGUUGCAAAGCUCCCCACAGCUUCUGCAGCGCUGGUUCCAUCCCCAGCCACUGGGUGAGGGUCCCACAUGGCGCGCAGACCUAUCCUGUCACCCAUUGCUCCCCUCAGCAGUGUACUUCGGUCCUUCUGCCUGCUCUGCUCCCCGCUCUGGUGAAUUCUCUCACCCUCCCGCGCCUCUGACUGUACCCAGUGCUUGU